GGUGGAGCCGGGCGGCGCCGUGGGGCAGCGCCGACAUUUCCCGCAGGGUCGCGGAUCUCCCACAGCAGCGAUUGCCUCCUUAGCAGCAACAGCAGCAGAGGAACUCGCCUGGAGAUGACGGACGCCCUGCCGCCCCGCGGCUGCCAGGCGGCGGAGCCAGCGGAGGACAGCUACUUUCGGAAGGGAUGUAAUCCUCUUGCUGAGACUGGUCGAAGCAAACUACAAAAUCAAAGAGCUGUCUUAAACCAACAGAUCUUGAGAGCAGUAAGAAUGAGAGCUGGUGCUGAAAAUCUUUUACGGGCUACCACCAACAACAAAGUAAGAGAACAGGUACUACUGGAACUAAGUUUUGUAAACUCGGACCUGCAGAUCUUAAAGGAGGAAUUAGAAGGACUUAACAUCUCAGUAGAAGUUUAUCAAAAUACAGAAGAGACUUUCAGCAUUCCCUUGGUACCUCUUGGCCUGAAGGAAACCAAAGAAGUAGACUUUACACUCCCCCUCAAGGAUUUUAUUCUGGAACAUUAUAGUGAAGACAGUUCCGAGUAUGAAGAUGAAAUAGCAGAUCUCAUGGAUCUGAGACAAGCUUGCCGCACUCCUAGCCGAGAUGAAGCUGGCAUUGAGAUGUUGAUAAGCUAUUUCCUUCAACUUGGUUAUGUAGAAAACAGAUUCUUCCCACCUACCAGGCACAUGGGAGUUUUAUUUACAUGGUAUGAUUCUUUCACAGGUGUUCCAGUGUGUCAGCAAAAUCUGUUGCUUGAAAAAGCUAGCAUUUUGUUCAAUAUUGGAGCCCUCUACACCCAGAUUGGAACCAGAUGCAAUCGUCAGACCCAGAAUGGGCUUGAAAAUGCUGUUGAUGCUUUCCAGAGAGCUGCAGGAGUCUUAAACUACUUAAAGGAGACCUUUACUCACACACCGAGUUAUGAUAUGAGCCCAGCGAUGCUGAACGUACUGGUAAAAAUGAUGCUUGCUCAAGCUCAAGAGUGUGCUUUUGAGCAGAUCAGCCUUCCUGGAAUACGCAAUGAGUUUUUCACACUAGUGAAGAUGACACAGGAAGUUGCCAAGGUGGGAGAGGUUUACAUGAUGGUUAACACUGCAAUGACUCAGGAACCAGUCAAAGAGAAUAUCCCUUAUUCCUGGUCUAAACUGGUACAAAUAAAAUCAGACCACUACAAGGCUCUGGCACAUUACUUCAUUGCCGCCAUUUUGUGUGACCAUGAAUUGCAGUCCAGUGAUGAUGAAGAUCAGCAAGAAAAAGCCCUGUCCCAGUUGUAUGACUACAUGCCGGAAGGACUGAUGGCUCUCACUGUUUUAAAGGACAAAGUUCAGAGAAAACAAUUAGGGAAAGCACAUUUACGCAAAGCUGUUGUUUACCAUGAAGAAGCUCUAAGAGUCUGUGGUUUGUGCAAAAAGCUUCGGAACAUUGAUGUUCUUCAGGAGGUUCUGACAGCUGCACAUAAGCGCUCACUUCUCAAAUAUGCUCAGCAGGAGAAGGAAGAUGACUUUCUCAGUCUAAUCCAGACUCCAGAUAUCAUUCCUAAAACAGAGCAUAAAGUAGAAACAAUCGCUCCUCAAUUUUCCAAGGUGAAAGUGAAAGACUUCUUUCACAGACUGGGCCCACUGUCAGUGUUCUCAGCCAAGCAGAGAUGGACGGCUCCACGUACCAUUCGCUUCCACUGUGAAGCAGGAGAGCUGGGAUUCAGCCUUAAAGGAGGCUCACCUGUACAGAUUUAUUGUCUUGAUCCAGCUUGCUCUGCAGCAUCAAUGGGCCUAAAAGAAGGUGAUUACAUUGUUUCAGUUGGUGGUGUGGAUUGCAAAUGGCUUGGAGUGAAUGAGGUGCUGGAAAAAUUCAAAAGCGUGGGAGAGCAGCCCAUUGAGUUUGAGGUUAUCAGUUGCCAAGAUACAACAGCAUCUAUGCAUAGUAAGAGUGCAACAUAUUCUGUGGGAAUGCAGAAGACAUACUCCCUAAUCUGUUUAGCCAUGGAAGAAGAUAAGAUUGAUCAGACCAAGAAAACCCCGCUGAAACUGCCUUUUCUAAGUUGGGGAACUAAAAAUAGACAGAAAGCUGCAAGCACCCUCUGCCUUCCUUCUGCUGUGGCUGGAAGUUCUCAAACUAAGAAAAAGCUUUCUCCUUUCGCACUUCUGAAUACAGAAAGUUCAUUGUACUGAAGUUUUCAGAAGGAUCUGUUAACAUGAAGGUUUUUCCUUUAAAAAUGUAUAUAAAAUAUGUUGAUCGAUGUUAUCUUUAUAUGUACACGUGUAUAAACUUAGACAAAUGCCCUUGACUUCACUUGCUGUGUAUUGAGCCACUAUGAAGAUCAGAGGCUAGCAAAAACUGUAAAACUUGAGUAAGAUUUGAAUGUUAGAACAAAAUGGUUUGGGAGGUGUAGAAUAACAAUUUGUAGAUGAGAGAAUUGCUUAUAUGGAGACUGGAUUCCUUUGGAAUUUCAAAAUACAUUAUCAUAACUAAUUUUUUAUAACUAUUAUAGACUUAUUUAUUACAAACAAUGCUGCAUGCAAAACAGUAGGGGGCACACCGAUGAUUUUGCUGUAAAAGUUUAGAGUCGACAAUAAGUUGCUUCACACUACUUUACAGAAUUAUCUUAAACAGCAAAGGAGAGAGAAUAAUGUUAUUCAGGAAAAAAAUAGCCUUUGCCAAAAGGUAGCGUAACAUACUUGUGGUUUUUAUGCAUAGACAAUUCUCUUUCUGAGAGUACUAGGUGUAUUCUGUGGAAUAGUUAACUCAGGAGAAGAAUUAGAAGGCUUAGAAGUCAAAUGAUCUUUUAGACUACAAAAGAGUUUGACUCUGUUCUUUUCCUGAUUUAGCUUGCAUUUUAAGAGCUACUUUAUUGGAUUAUUGAAAAAAGGCUUUAUUCCAAACUUGAAGUUAUUUAACCUAGUUACAUUAAGAUUGGUAUUUUAUUAGUCCUAAUAAAAUUGAUACCUGUGGAACAAAUCUUAAAAAUGACAUUCUCCAGUAUAUUGAUCAUCAAGAGUAUGUAAAUUGUGGUGAUACCUUCAAAAUAAAAGAAAGUGCGUAUAAAGUCUUAAGUGGAAGAACUAACACUGUAGUGUUAGUUAAUGUUGCUGUCUACAGAGUAGAUAUGUGCUGUUUGAUACUCAAAACUUGAAAUAAUGGGAAAGUUUGUGUCUGGGUAUAAGCUUAAAGUUGUCAUUUUUAGUUUCUUACAUAAUAGGUGUAAAUACGUUAAUGACUUAUUUAAAAAUAAAAAUCAAAUGCUGCAAUUUAGUAGUGGCUUUUUGAUUCUGCUAUACCUUGUACAGUAAAACGUAACUUAAAAGUUUUCAGUAUUUACUUCUAACAUACCUCUUUGCAUACUUCUGUAAUGCUCCUUAAAAAGGCAUACGAAUUUAUCUUACUUGCAAGUUUAUAUUGUAAGGUAGAGGAACUUAUAAAUGAGAGUGUUACACUUGCUUCCUUACAAGGAAUAUUAAUGUAUUUCUAGAGUUUCCCUAUGAGAGUUGCAUAAACAAUGAUGUGACUUGUGACUAGUCUGUCCUUAGUAGUUAAUACUCUUCAUGUAUAUUUGUAGAAGCACUUUUUUAAACACCAGCAGCAGUCAUACACUGAUACAAUGCAAGAGCCUGUUACCUAGUAUUCCCAAAAGAAGAUAAUUACUUUGCAAAACUGGGGAAAGUUACAAUCCAGCUAGGGAAAUCCCUAGCACAGAGACACGAAACUUCCUUCUAGCUUGUUGUUCCUCUCCUCUUAGCUCCCUAUGAUAGUCUUUCUGCAAGUAUCUUUCCCUCUCACGUUUCUCAGCUGCAUGGUUAACUGCCUUUCCCUUCCCAUCAUCUUCUGAAAUGCUGCACAAAUACAUACUUACUAUUUUCUGACAGCUAAUUCAAGAUUCGUUCUACAGUGACUGGUAGCCAAUUGCUAACUUAAAUGAUAAUUUCAAAGCAAGUUAUGCUGUUAAAGAUUCUUAUUUUGAUUUAAGCAUAUUUGUAAUACAUUUCUAAGCAGAUGGAAUAUACAGGGGUACUAUAAAAGCCUAAAAAGUAAAGGUUUACAAUGGAUCAGUACUUCAGCCUAUAACUCUUUUAGUAUUACUUCUUACUACUUUAAUUAAAAAAGUAUUUAAUGUAAUGAACAGGUGGGCAUAUGAAAUAGUAUGAAGGCACUUUGGUGUUUACCUUGCAAUAUUGAUAGCCAUAUACCUUGAUUUGUGAUGAAACUUAAGUACUCCCUAAUUGUAAGAAAACAGUAUCCUGUUUUGUAGUUCUAGAAAUUCCAAUGCUUACCAUUCAGUAAAUAAUUAAUGGCCAAAUUGCAAGUAUAUUUAGAUCCCAAGUAAGGAAUCAGCAUCAGAAGCAGAUCUAGCUGCUGUUCACUGGUGGAUUAGGAUUAGCUUGGUUACAGAGGUGCCAAGGCUCUAUCAUUUACUUCUUUUUAGUUUACAAACGAGAACUGAAAAUCCUGCUCAACUGCCUUCGUGCUGUGAUCUGAAACCCAAGUAGUGAGAACUUUUAACACCACCUUAAUGAGCGAAUAAGGCAAAAAUUUUUAUCCUUACUUUUUAUUUUAAAUGAUACCUAAUUUAGUAUGUCAGGAAAACCAAUCCAAUACACAAUUCUUGAAAAGAUUAAUAGUGGAAGUAUUAUGCAAUGGAGUAAGUUUGUUAACAACUUGUGGACUGAAAAAGGACCCAGAGAAACAAGUUAGUGUAGCCAAAGAUGUUUUCCAGUAGCACUUUCCAAAGAAACUCCCAAGUUAUACAUCACAGAUUUUACUGUGAAGCACCAUAGUGGGAGGUUACACCAAGUGAAGUUUGAAAAGAUCCCUCUUAAAAAGACAUUUAGAAACAAACAGCUUAAGCAAGCUGCAAUAACUUUGCUAGCAAGUGCUGCAUUCUCUCUCCAGUUGUGACAUGAAGUAAUUAUGAUACUCCGUUGUGCUUGUCAGAAGUUGUACGGUGCAAUAAAUCUGUUGAAUUUUAAUAAGCCUUAAAAAAAUUAGUCAUUAAUUGCAUGAACUUAUUUAAUAACUAAUGUAACUGCAUCACCAUCACACUAGUACUAUCAUCUGGACUUACGAUUCAUCUCUAUCUCAAACUUCUACAAAAUAAGGCACAGUUCUAGGGAGGAUGCACGUGAUCACUUUUGCUGUACGCUAUAACUGUUUUUAUACAUGUACUAACACACAAACUCAUGCUCCCAUUAAAGAAUGAGGGGUAUACAAAGCAUAAUCAACUUCAUAUAUGUUUAUUACAUACCCCUGACUAUAAGUAAGUGCUAUAUUUGGAGGAAAAAAGGUAAUCUCAAACUGUAAUCAGGAAGCAUUUGUUUUGAGUAUUCCAUGUUUUCUGGAUUUUAGAAACAAUUUCACCUUAGAAUUCAACUGUAAAACAAUUAAAGUCUUACCUAAACUGCAGUGUUCAGUGUUAGCAUGAUGUAAUUUAAGGAAAAAAAUAAUCAAUACAAAGUUAGCAUAGUACUAGCUACUGUAAAAAAUGUUUUAAUUACUAGAGUCAUGUUAUGA